AUGCCACAUCAUUUAACAUCCUUUGUUGCUGCAUUAACUGGUUCUAUAAGUUCUGGGACAUGUUGUGGUUGUAUCCCUUUCACCUUUUCUCCAGCAGUAACUCCAACUAUAGCAUCUACUACAGCUCCUUUAUCAGCAGCCAUACCAAACACAGUAUUACCAGCAGCGGUUGCUUCUCAGAGUGCUGUAUCAUCAACUCCCGUAUUAACUAGUGUCAUGUCAUUCUUUGCUCCACUUUUAAGUUUUUAUAAAAAUUAUCAAAAUUAUCAAGAUUUUGAAGAAACUAAGGUAAAUAACAAGGAAAAAGUAGACAAGUCGUGUCAAUGUAAUUUAAUAAAUUCAGAUGAACUAGAUUUUAAUUAUAAUAAGAAGGAACCAUCAUAUGUAAAUGAAAAUAAAUCCUUAGAAGAUAAUCAUAUAUCUAAUGAUAAUCAUACUAGCGAUAAUGAAUGUUAUAUUAAAGAUGAAAUAUUAUUAGAAGAACUCAGAUUAUUAGCUCAUGAAAAAUGUUCAUCGAGUAGUGAAUUUUCAGGUACUUCUUUUUUGGAUGAUAAGGAACUAGAACAUUUUAAAAAUAUAAAUACACAUUAG